UAUCAUUGAGUGUUUGGGCUCUAGUCGAAGUAGACUGUUGACAGUGUGGUUUGGCCUCUUACAUAAUGGCUGGAACAGUUUUAACUCGGUGUGUGAGCAGGACUUUACUCUCAGUAUCUGGUGCAAAAAACAUCCUAAUCAGGGGGACCAACCGGCGUUACUGGACAGCUUCAAGAAGGACGGCCACUGAGCUGAUUAGGGGAAGAGCUACAUUCCUCCUGGGCCUCCCCACACUUUCCUGCCUGGUUUACAAAGCUUAUCAUAGGGUGCAGAGUUCACCCGUGGUCCACGCUCUAGAAAAAGAGGAGGUUUUGGAGCAGGCUGACUACCUGUAUAGCUGUGCAGAGACAGAGAAGCUGUACCACCUGCUGCUGCGGUACAAGGACAGUGAUGAUGCAGAGUGCCUGUGGAGGCUGGCUCGGGCGUCUCGUGACCUGGCCCUCAUGACCAACUUGGAGGCCAGACGGAAAAAGGAGCUGGUUUAUGAGGGCUUAGAAUAUGCAAAGAAGGCCCUGGAAAAAGAUGAGAAGUGUUUUGCAGCGCACAAAUGGUAUGCAGUAUGUCUCAGUGAUGCUGGAGAAUACGAGGGAGUCAAGGUGAAAAUUGGGAAUUCAUACAUCAUCAGGGAACAUCUAGAGAGAGCCAUCCAGCUCAAUCCCAAGGAUGCCACUUCCAUACAUAUUUUGGGUUACUGGUGCUUUGCUUUUGCUGAGCUGCCAUGGUAUCAACGCAAAGUGGCGGCUGCAAUUUUUUCAUCACCACCUACGUCCACAUAUGAGGAGGCUUUGGAAUUCUUCCUGAAAGCCGAAGAAGUUGAUCCAAACUUCUACAGUACAAACCUGCUAAUGCUCGGGAAGACCUACAUGGCCAUGAAAGACAAACAGAAUGCACUUCUUUGGCUAACCAAAGCAAAAGAGUACCCUGCUCACACACUGGAAGACAAAGAGGUCCAUAAAGAAGCUGUUGACCUCUUGAAGAAGCUAGGAUAAAGCGGUCAUCACCAUUGAGUUGAAUGUGACGCCUUUGAUAUAUUAGGGUGUGUUAAUUAUCGCUAA